AUGUAUGUAUGUAUAUAUAAAAUAAUAAGACUGGCUUACCUGAUAGAAAAAGUGCUUUUUGACAUAAUUAAAAGAGGAAAAAACAACCGUGGAAGUUCACACAAACAUAAGAAAAAAAAAUUGAAGUGUGUGCAAUAUUCUGUCUCCAAAGAAUCUUAUAAAAAUAAAUGUAAUAAUGGUGAACAUAGCUGUACCUUUCCAGCUGAGAACAUAAAAGACGAUGGCCAAAAACAAGCAUUAUAUGAUGUAAACGGAUUAGUGAGUAUGUCUCAAAUAACAUGUGUCAAAAGCCUUCAUUAUAUCAUAAAAUUUGCCAUCAAUAUAUCAUUUGUUUUCUUUACAGAGGCAGUUGUGAAUAAAAUAUUAUUGGAUUUAAGGCAGUCAGUAAUUGGCAAUUUCACGCUUUUAAAACUUUUGAAAGUAUAUGUAUGA